AUGGCUGAGGCUGUUCUGGGCGUGGUAGCCGGCGGUGCGGGCCUCGCCAGCCUCGCGCUCCAGCUCUUCGAAGUGUCCCAGAAGCUGCACGAACUGCGGGCCAACAUUCGCGACGCACCCGUCGAGAUGCGCGAGAUUCUCGACGAAGCCGACCUGCUCCGUACCAUCCUCGCCGAAUACCUCCACCUCUCUGGAGCGGCGGACAAGACCUGUUUGAUGCCGACUCUGGUACAGAAGCAGGCCCUCGACCAGUGCCUGAAAGUCCUCGAGAUCCUCCGGCAUAUGGCGCAAGAACUCGAAAGCACGAUGCGAACUUCAAGCUCGAGGCGGGUGAUGACUUGGGCCAAGGUCGAGGCUGCCUUUAACAGGAAGCGAUUUGUGAAAUUACAGAGCACGCUCGAGAGAGCCAAGUCGACCCUCGUCCUUGCGAUAUUGACCAAUCCAACUUCGAGACCCGGUGCGCCCCAGAGGGAAGUCAUACUCCAAGAGUCCACCGCAGAAGAACCUUCAGAGGCAGCUGGUCUUCCUUGUACGACAUCUUUCGGUCUCGAAUCGUCUGCUACGAAAAGGAGAAUUGCAAAUACCAGCUCCAGGUCUUGGUUUGCCAAGUACAAUAUUGGGAUAGGAAAUGUGUAUAUCAGAGGCCAGCACUCUCGGGAUGGAGCUGAGACUACUAACAGUACCGCCGAGAACGGUCUCAAAUUGUCUGUUUCAUUUGCGUCCUGGAUGUUCAACAAUUUGGUUGCCUUCAUGUUCGACUCUCGUCCACAAAGGUUCCAGCUGACGCUACAAAUCAACCGCCUCGUUCCACCUGACGCAGAGAUAUUUCACCUUUGUGCUGCAGGUGACGCCAUUGGCGUGGGAACGUCUAUUGCCGGAGGAAAAUCUUCCGCAUCAGAUGUUACAUACGAAGGAGUGACUCCCUUGAUGGUUGCUGCGUACUACGGACAUGCCGAUGUGUGUCGUAUCCUUCUCGACGCAGGUGCAGACACGACUACCACGGUACUUCGGAGCUAUUACGGACACACAACUAUUCAACUAACUGCUCUGCAUUUUGUUGUGGGUGGCAUGCCCCUUCCAGAGGCGUCGGUCAUGGCCCUCUGGUCACAUAUAAAUCCAUGGAACACAUAUUGGGAGGGUUCCGUGACCGAAUUCUGCUGGGAAGAUCCCCAAAUUGUGGCGAAUUCGGACACUGUGCGUGCUCUCGUCGAGCAUGAAAAGGACUGCGUUGAGUUUGGCUGGUCACCGGUGUCGGGCGAUGCGGAUCAAAUUGACGGGCCCACGCACAUGCCAGCUGGCCAUCUGUCCCAAAUCUCGCCAGAAGAUUUUCAAUGGCUGAUAGCGCCCGAGAGGAUCAACCUCGUCGGUCAGGAACUGGAUCUUUACUAUAUGUCCAUGGUCCUAAUGCAGUGUCGCAUCUGGCAUGCCAAUCUUCGCAGGAUAUACGUCGUUUUCUCACAAAUCACAGAUCUGUCGAGGUUGGCGACAAUCCACACUAUACCUGGUAUGACUGUCCUACACCAUCUCCUCCCCCGCCUGCCAUUUGCCGAGGACGAACAUCUGAAUUGCCUCAGGAUCAUGCUCGAACGACUGGUGCAGGCUGGUGCAAUCGAGAUGGUCGAGUCUCUGCGCGUAGAACAACCGCUCACGUUAGCCGCCAGAGUCAGUGUUGAUUUUUAUGUAUCCAGGUAUGGUAGCUGGGAGCCAGAACGUGCCGCUGGCGCCCUGACUACCGGCUUGAACCUUUGGUUAGAGAUACUGGGAAGGGCACAGGUGAAAAUUGGCAGCUACCUCAUCGGCCAACAUAAGUAUAUCGCCAAGGGACCGAUCGAGUGCCGCGUCCAUCCAGACACUGUCGAGGAAUUUCCUGAACAUUUCCUUGACAAAAAGUGGUACGUCCAAUUGUCGUGUCGCAAAGAUGCGGAUCUGAUGGAUGUACACAAUCCCUCUGGUUUUCGCAUCAAGGCCCAAUACUAUUCUGUCGAGAGUACCUAUCCUGCACCGGGGGGUUGGCCCGGUGAUGAGGCCGAGGGGAAUAAGCAAACUUCGCAAAGCGUGGAGGACAUGUGGGUUCACAACAGUGAUGAUGACUCAGAGCUAGAAUCCAACGACGGCCAGACAUGA